AGAUCGUGCUGCCACAAAACAUCUGUGGAGUUUUUCCGUCUGGCUUGCUGUCAUUUGGAAGAAGUCAAGAAAUGUAGGUGAUUUUCAAUGAUCAUUCAAUCAAACUUGUGUUUCUGAUCAAAAUGAAAAGUGAUUUCAUUGAUCAUUCAAUCAAACUUGUGUUUCGUGAUCAAAAGGUCGUGCAUAAUUUUUACUGUUUUCUCAAAAAGUGCAAUAUCCACUGAGCUGAAACUUCAACAGGUUAGGUUUUGAACAUUCUUCUUUGAAUUUUGAGUUGUGUUAUUAAUGGAAACAAUCAAAAUGCAUGCAAAGAAAAUGAUCCUACUUGUAUAUAUGUGCCUUUGAAGUCACAAAACAACAUUCAAAAGAUUGUUUUUAAAAACCAGGCUGUCCUUUCAGCUGUGAUAGGGGACAUGAUUCCCCCUCUAUCCCUAGACUGUCACCCAGGCCAAAUGUAUUGUUGUUUUUGACUUUGAAUGUACAUAGCGUCUACUAGAUAAAAUGUUUUGCUUAAUGUUUAAUCACACGUGAAAUGUAUUUAGAAGGAUUUUAAGCAUAAACCCGAACAGUUUGAAUCAGCUUAAGGGAUUGGCUUAAGUUGGCCUACAUUGUAAUUGCAACAAGAGGCAAAAGGAAGGCAUCCCGCCAAAUGUCAAACUUUCAGCGCAACAGAGUGUCGCCAUAAGAAUUCUUACCCAAGUUUUUUUGCUUUUACCCAACUCGGUCAUGAGUAUUUUAAUCUGACAUAGGGCCUACUUUUGCUGCAUAAAACUGAGUAUUAAAUACCAAAAUAUUGUGAGGUGGCUGGGUUAGAAGUCAAGCGUAUUACCUGAUGCCUACUCCACUUGGACAGAGCAGGCCAACGAGUGGUCUCUUGCUUGAGGGUAAGGUUCAUUACUAGGCCUAAUGGCUUUUUGAGGAGUUGUGUGAAACUUCUGCAGUCUCAUUAUAGUAUUGUGGUGGUAAUGUGAUCUCACAAUAGGAAAUGGGUCAAUGUAUCAGAGUUUAGUAUCAGUAAUUGCUAAAUUGGUAAUAUAAAAACAGAAAUAGAUAUAAAUUCCAGUUAUACAUCACAAUCAUUGUUUACUGAUACGGCUUCCUGCACUAUAUCUUACCGUAAUUAAAACAGUCUGAGAACAAAACAUGUUUUUAUCUUGUUUACAGUUAGGCCUAAACAAAGAUUGUGCAGAAAUGCUGAUGUGGAUGUUUUGAAACAGUUCUUGCUUCUGAGGUCUCGAAAGCAUGUGACUUCAUGAGAAACUAGCUUUUGGAGGAUUCAGAAUUGUUUUUGUAGCAAAAUGCUAAGCACCUGUAGGAUAAGGUUAGGCAGUAUCGGGCAAUUUGCGUAAUUGUUUUUUUUUUUAACGGAGAAGAUUGUAUGUUGUACUUAAAUGAUGCAUGUUGCAAAUGGUAAUUUGAAGUUUAACUUUUUUUGUUAAAUUAGUAAAUUUAAAGUUGAUUUAUUGGAAGCCAUUGAAAGUGAAUUGUGUUUCUUUUUGUUGAUCCCUUGUAAAUCGGAAGAAACACAUGUUGCAGUAGAUUAAUCAAUGAAUCAGUAAAUGCCCAAUGAUAAUUUAUUUAGGUAUCUAGGCCAAUAAUCAAACUUGUUUCCAUUAAUAUAACCAAAUGAUACGAUAUCUCAGAAUCAAACUUGUGCAAGGCAGUAUUGAAGUAAUGUCAAGUCUAUAAAAGAGCGGGUAUUUCUGGACCUAGUUUUGAGUUCGUCAUUUGUUGGUAGACCACGUUAAAGUCGGUACAAUGCAUACAUUGGUUCUUCUGUUGUUGGUUGGCGUAGCUGCAGCUGGAUUUGCUCCACUGCACAAAGUUAACGAGAGCGUCAAAGGACGUUACCUCAUCAAAUUCAAGGAUGAUUUGGACGUGGACACCAUUGUUGAUGACAUCCAGCGCCGUGUGCAGCAGCAGCGUUUGGGCCACGCCAAGAUCUCUCAUCGCUACUACCGAGUCGUGAAGGGCAUGGCUGCAGAGCUAUCAGAGGAAGCCCUGGAAUAUAUUCGAACAUUGGAUGAGGUUGAGUAUGUAACUGAGAACGCUCGGACACACGCAACAGCAACCUGGGGCCAGGACCGCAUCGAUCAGUUUGACCUACCACUAGACGGCUACUUCACAACGGACACGGCUUACAAUGAAGGAGCAGGGGUUGAAAUCUGGGUUGUAGAUACCGGUAUCCGGCCGACCCAUAAUGACUUUGGAAGUAGAGCGUCUGUCCAAUAUGAUGCUUACGGUGGAAAUGGUAUAGAUUGCCAUGGCCAUGGCACCCACUGCGCUGGUACUACAGGAGGUUCAUAUUAUGGAGUCGCCAAAAGAGCCACCAUCAAAGGCGUGAAAGUUUUAGGCAAUCCACCCUGCAGCAAAUAUGGUACUUCUGCUGAAAUGAUCGCUGGGUUGGACCACGUCGUUGCCAAUGCCAACCAACCAGCUCUUGUGUCAAUGUCCAUAACACUUGACGGCACCUCCACAUAUUUUGAUAAUGUAGUCAGAAAUGUGAUUUCUGCGGGUAUUUCGGUGGUCGUGGCUGCUGGUAAUGACAAUGUUGAUGCCUGUAACGUGUCUCCAUCUCGGAUUAGUGAGGUGGUUACAGUAGGGGCAACUGAUAGUACGGACAGCAGGGCUUACUAUUCCAACUGGGGGAAAUGCAUCGACAUCUUUGCCCCUGGGAGCAACAUCCCAAGCACCUACUACACAUCUGACAAUGCAGUCUACACAAUGUCUGGUACCUCCAUGGCCUGUCCACAUGUUGCAGGAAUGUGUGCUCUCUACUUGGCUCAAAAUCCAAACCUGACGCCUGCUCAGAUUCACAAUAGACUUGUGAACUCUGCAACUUGGGGUAAACUCUCAAACAUCGGAGCAGGCAGCCCAAAUCUUCUUGCUUAUAUUUAGAUGUAGUAAUACCUAAUCAUGGUGUUAUUGAAGGUGAACAAGACAAUGUUAGCUUCAGUUUUAGAGGAAGCAAUCCAGAAAUUCAUUCAUGUUUGACCUGUCACUGCAUUGGCACUACUUUGACAUGGUAAUUUCACAGCAGUUCUUUGUAGUUAUCUAUCGUUAGGAUGGUCCAUGGAAUGUGAAUCUAUAAUGCAGUUAAUUUAAUUGUUCCUACUAAAAAUAAGUUGACUUCAACUUUUCUUGACAUCAGCAUUAAUAUGAAAACUGAUUGGAAUUUAUUAACAAAUAAAAACCUGAAUAUUAAAACUCACGAGAAUUCAAGUUUUGUAUUCAUAGAGGGCACUUGUCAAUUCUGAUGGAUUAUUUUCCUUGGGUUUAUGGACACGAAAUAAUUCAAAGUAAUGAACUACUUGGCUAGAGAUGACAAUGCCGUCACUUGAAAAGAAAUAAAAAUUCAAAAAGAUUUUGCCACAAAGAACAGCAACAGAUACUUUAACAAACACUUUUGAGAGUCAAUUAUUAUGUAUUAAUUAAAAUCAGCAUGCCAAUAUUAACCUAACAAAUCAAUGUUCCCCGGAAAACUAACAUAUUUUUCUCUACUUAUUGUGUGAAUAAAGGACUAAGAAAUUAUACCACUGCAAUUGAAUGUUUCUCUCAUGUUUGUUUUAUUACUUUCAUGAUUGACAUGUAUUCUCACAGAAAUAUGGUAAAAGAAAUCCAUUCGCAAUAAGAUUUUUAAAAUGUUAUUUGAAAUGUUGCUCAAUGACCACUUGAACCAUAUAAAUGUAGAUGCAAACGAGUGCACGGAUAACAAGAUAUUUGCAUUUAUAUACAUUCAACUUGGCAUAUAACCUCUUGCAGUUUUGGAAGUACUGUCAUAUAACA